UUCCACUGCCCCAAGCCGCCACCAAUGGCGACCUGCGUUCUGCUGAUGCUGCGGGAAGUCUCUCCGUGGGCGCUGGCCAGCGUGGUGGCGUCCGUGUCGCUGUUGUGGCUGGUGGUCUGGACGCUGGAGUGGGCCUGGUGGACGCCUUGGCGGCUCGAGCGGGCCCUGCGGGUCCAGGGCCUCAAGGGCACCAGGUACCGCCUCUUCACCGGCGACCUGAGGGAAACCGCCCGGGCUAACCGGGAGGCUCGCAAGAAGCCGCUGCCGCUCGGCAGCCACGACAUCGCCCCACGCGUGCAGCCCAUGCAUCACAGCACCAUCAAGGAAUACGGGAAACUAUCGUUCACCUGGUUCGGCCCAACACCAAGGGUGAUGAUUCCUGACCCAGAGUUAGUCAAAGAGGUGCUGUCUAAUAAGUUUGGCCACUUUGGCAAACCAAGGAGUAACCGCAUUGGGAGGUUGCUAGCCAACGGGCUUGUAAAUCAUGAUGGUGAAAAAUGGGCAAAGCACAGGAGAAUUCUUAAUCCUGCAUUUCACCAUGAAAAAAUAAAGGGGAUGAUGCCAGUAUUUUCUACCUGCUGUAUUGAAAUGAUUACUAGAUGGGAUAAUUCAAUGCCUUCUGAGGGAUCUUCUGAGAUAGAUGUCUGGCCUGAGUUCCAGAAUCUUACUGGAGAUGUUAUCUCAAGAACUGCGUUUGGGAGCAACUAUCAAGAAGGGAGGAGAAUUUUCGAGCUGCAAGGAGAACUAGCUGAACGCCUCAUCCAAUCUGUUCAGACAAUAUUUAUCCCAGGCUAUUGGUUCUUGCCCACCAAAAACAACAGAAGGAUGAGAGCGAUCGAUGUAGAGAUCCGCAAAAUUCUCCGUGAAAUAAUUGGGAAGAGAGAGAAGGAUACUAAAAACAGAGAAACAAAUAACGACGACUUGCUGGGCUUAUUACUGGAGUCAAACACAAGGCAAUCAAAUGGAAAUGCAAGCCUGGGAUUGACAACAGAAGAUGUGAUUGAGGAAUGCAAGUUAUUUUACUUUGCAGGUAUGGAGACAACAUCAGUCCUUCUUACUUGGACACUUAUUGUGCUAAGCAUGCACCCAGAAUGGCAAGAGAGAGCAAGAGAAGAGGUUUUGAGCCACUUUGGAAGAACCACACCGGAUUAUGAUAGCUUGAGCCGCCUCAAGACUAUAACCAUGAUUCUACAUGAGGUCCUUAGGUUGUACCCACCGGCAACCUUUCUAACAAGAAGAACUUAUAAGGAAAUGGAGCUCGGUGGAAUCAAAUAUCCUGCAGGAGUUGACCUCCUUCUACCCGUCAUCUUCAUUCACCAUGAUCCUGACAUUUGGGGAAAAGACGCAAGCGAGUUCAACCCAGAAAGGUUUGCCAACGGCAUCUCCAGCGCAACCAGGCAUCAGGCUGCUUUCUUUCCGUUCGGAGGGGGGCCUAGAAUCUGCAUCGGCCAGAGCUUUGCGUUGCUGGAAGCCAAGAUGACGCUAUGCACCAUCCUCCAACGCUUCUCGUUCGAGCUCUCGCCAUCCUACACCCACGCGCCGUACACCGUGAUAACACUGCACCCUCAACAUGGUGCUCAGAUAAGGCUCAAAAAGCUUUCUCCGUGAUGCUCCUUCUAUGCUGCUACCGGACACUACUUUCGUUACUGACCGCAUAUGUAGAAACGUAUUUCUUAUUUAGUAUGUAUUUUUUAGGAUAUAAAUAAAAAGAUGGUGCAUAUUAAUGGGAAAUAAGUUCCCUUGUAUGCAUUGCGAUGUAAUUUUGGGAAGAUUUGGCAAGGAACUUAAUUAUACAAU